UCUAUAGACAAUAAUUACAUUUCUCAUAAAACGCUCCCACGAAAGACAAGGCGACGCUCAUGAUGAUUUAGGGUUUCUAUGGUUUCGCGACGAUGGGAUCCAGGAAGGGACGAUGGGGAUUUGGUUAUUGUGGACGAGGAGCUGGUGGAGAUGAAUCGGAGAUCUACUUUAAGGCUUCGACAAUUUGCAAAGGGAAUGGGAAAAAGGGAUCGAGGGAGUUUACGGAAACAAAGGAUUCAAAUGGAUCAGAUUUCGAUUUUGAUCAUCAUCAAGAUGAAUUCACAAGUCAAUCAAGAUAUUAUAUCUGAUCUCUCAAUCAUAGGGGUUGCUUUACAAAUCAAAAAGAGUGGAGGGGUCUGUUUUGAAUAUGGUAUUGAGAAAUCAGAGAUUCGUGUAUUCUGGAGUGUAAUCCUAUCGAGCUGUAUCAGAUUUCUCUGCGAGAAGAAGAUUACGAGUAUUAACUAUGGAGGAUCUGGUUUUGUUGGGGAUUAUUCUGCGUGUGAGAAGAAUGCUCAGAAUCAGGAGGUAGAUCAGGUCCUUUCUGAGGAUGAGAAGAAUGCAGAGACUGAGGACCUGGCUAAGAAGCAAGGAACCCGUACGAGACUUUUCAAACCCGUAAGAGGCUUUGUGUCCCCUCGAAAGCGUGCUCCAGCAAAGACAGGUACUAGGAAGGGGGACAACAGCAAACAAGCAGAGAGUAAGGGAGCUUCAAACCCGAAAUCUGGAUAUGCAAAGAAUUAUUUUAUGGAUCAAGCUCUCUUAGUAGUGAGAUUCAGAGGGCAGAGUUUGGCUAUCGGUCUGGGGUUUUUAAUUUUUUCAAUAAGCUCUACGAGCAUUUGCAUUUUAAUUGGGUUUAAGGCUUUCACGGAUUUAUUUACUUCACUAUUAUAAGGAAUGAAUUAUGCUUUGAUUAUGAAAUGGAAGGCUAUGAGCUACUGGUCUCAUGGUUUGAGAUUUUGGUAUUGGUGCUUGUCGCAGUUUUUCACUACAUAUAUUGUCUUAUGUGGGUAUGCUUGUCUUGUGAAGGUUGGGCUGUGUGGUAAUGAGUGUGUGAUUGCGAGUACUUUUGGUAUUGGCUUAAGUGUUCUAGUGGUUAUGAGUUGUGGACAAUGGCUGGAGGGGUUUCAAGGAGCAUACUUGAAUGAGAUUCUAGAUGCUAAACGUUACAGCUGGAUGAGAGUUGCCUUAUCAGGUGGAGUGUAUAUGGGGGGAAUAGGCCAAGGCGUUCUCGAUCCAGGGGUCAACGAAGUUUGAAUGCUGUCUCUUUAAACACAUUCAAACUUGUUAUAGUAAGACUUGCUGUUCGGCUGCAACCGAAAUAUUUUAGAACCACUGGGGACGCGGGGAGAAUGGAGCAAACAAGGAAUCACUUAAUUUUUAUAUUCAUGGCAUUGGAUGAAGAACAGUAUUUAUAUUGGUGGUUUGGGUUGGUUUUUUCAACACCUGGAUAUACAUUUCCAAUGUAUCGGGGGAAGUAUCAACAGCAAGUAGGCUUGGUGCAAGAUUGUGUGUUUGUUUUACAUACGUUUGGUGAAUGCUUGAAUGUAGUUUUGGUAUGGUGGCCGUGGGCCUUUGAGGUUACGACAUUAUUGGUAUCAUUGAACUUGUAUCUUCUGGCUCGAAGGAGCAAUAUAAAUAUUUUUAUGCUAGAGUC